AUGGUGAUGAGUCAAACUUUGAUCCGUAGUCUCUUGCUAUUUCCCGGCUCUUCUGCUACUCCAAUUGUCUCCUAUUUACUUUUCAAAAAGCAUAGCCCCUGCUGCUGUUCAUCAUCACUGGUGGCAAUUCUUCUUGCUGUGUUGUCGGAGUUGCUUGAAGAAAGUGAUUUGCUUUGCUGUGAAUAA